AUGAAAGUCACCUUCAGAUUAUCCACAGAAACUUCAUACACAGUGACAGUCCCUGAUAAUUCGACGGUGGAAGAUUUGCGUAACUCUGCCAAGGUUGGAUGUCCGCCCUCAGCGAAGUUACCAGUGGACUUCAAGCUUAUCUAUAAUGGUGAGAAGCUUGUGCCAUACUACAACACACUAGAGUCAUUCCGGAUCACGCCAGACGUGGAAAACAUAACAGUGAUCCUCAUGAGCGAUGGCUCCGAUACGCCUAUUGCGUCGCCAAAGCUUGCUCCUCAGACUCUGGUGUCCGUGCCCAAGAAGAAGGUUAAGAAGAAUAGAUGUCUGUUCAAGAGCUGCACUUCUGCACCACUUCGCAUGGUGGGUGAUUGUGGCCACUGUCAUGGCAAGUUCUGUGCCAAGCACCGUCUCUUGGAAGAUCAUUUGUGCACCGGGUUGCAAUUCUGCAAGGAGAGUGCCCAUGAGCGCAAUGCAAUGAAGCUCCAGAGCGAGAGCACUAUAGCUUCUCGUGUUUAG